AUGAGUGGCAUUCAGUUGAGGGGUGACCGCACCAAUGACCUAGUAACCCCCACCACCUCUAUGGCUUCCUCGCGGUCGUCGAUCAAAGUGGCGAACCACAGCAGAAGAUGUGUACGGCGGAUACAGUGGCUUGAUGACGACAAAAUAUAUAAGUCGCAGAAGUACGACAAUGGAGCCUUAACGAAGCAGACCUCUGCUAGACCGACCAUACACCGCUCCAUAGCGUCGACGGACUUGACUAGAGCGGCCUGCAGAGGAGUCGAAGAUCCAUACGAUACUGACCAAAACUCGGAAGCGGAUACAGGAAGCUCAAAAGCCCGCGGUGCUGAGGUUCAGCAGUGUAGCGAGAGGUAUGGUCUUGAGACAUCGCCUGGAUGUGCUGGUACCUUCAGGAUGUCCAUCGUUUCCGACGCCUUUUGCGGACCGGAAGUGGAUUGUUCAAUAGAGUUCAAGGUGUGGAAGACGAUGCCGAGUCCCGAACUAAAGAGGCUGUGGUUUACGGUCAGACAUGCGAUGUCACCCGCAGCCGCUACUGCCAUACGAGCCCUGGAAGUCUGGACCGACCGGAAGGAAGGCUGCCCGGCUAAAGUGGUGUUUUUGCAGAAAUGA